GGGUUUUCGGCGGCGCGGCGCGGCGGCGGGGCUCGGGGCAGCAUGGUGUCGUGCGGGGAGCGGUGCCCGGGCGCCGGGUUAGGCGGGGAUCUGGCGGCGCUGGCGGAGCUGGACGAGGCGGCGCUGUUGGGCGGGCUGCGGGAGCGGUUCCUGCGGCAGCAGGUCUAUACCGAUGUCGGGGACAUCCUCAUUGCCAUGAACCCUUUCCAACCGCUGCCGCUGUACGGGAGAGAGGUCUCCGAGCAGUACCUGUGCCAUGAGACCAGCACGCUGCCGCCCCACAUCUUCGCCGUGGCCAGCCGGGCUUACCAUGCCAUGCUGGGUCACCGGGGCAGCGGGCCCCGCAGCCAGUGCAUCGUCAUCAGUGGAGAGAGUGGUGCAGGGAAAACAGAGAGUACGAAGUUAUUGUUGCAACACAUAAUGAACCUAUGCAAAGGCAACUCACAGCUGGAGCAGCAGAUCCUUCAGGUAAAUCCGUUGCUUGAAGCUUUUGGCAAUGCCCAGACUGUGGUGAAUGACAACAGCAGCCGCUUUGGAAAAUACAUACAGCUGCGUUUCCAGAAAAAUACAGUUCAAGGUGCAAAGCUGAGUGAGUACCUGUUAGAGAAGUCACGGGUAGUGCAACAAGAUACUGGGGAGAGGAACUUCCACAUCUUCUACUACAUGUUUGCUGGACUCUCUUCGGAGGAAAAGGAGAUGUAUGGGCUGUUGGAUCCUUCACUUUACAGGUACAUAAGUGGACGGUUUGGUACACAGGACAUAGCUCAGCGCUGGAAGCACAAAUACAAAGAGGUGUGCAAUGCCCUUGACAUGGUGGGCUUCCAGGAACAGGAGCAAGUUGACAUGCAAGCUAUCUUAGCUGGUGUGUUGUCUCUGGGAAAUGUGACCUUUGAGCCUGAGGAAAGCGAUGGGUCUGCAAAAGUGAGUGAAGCCUCCCGGGGAUGGCUGAAGGCUGCAGCGGGUCAGUUUGGAGUCCAAGAAGAUGAACUGUUAAAAUGCCUUAUUUGUACAAUGUCUGUGACCCGAGGUGAACAGAUUCUGCGUUUUCACACCCAGCAGCAGGCAGAAGAUGCUCGGGAUUCCAUUGCAAAGGUGGCAUAUGGACGAGUAUUUGGCUGGAUCGUUUGCAAGAUCAAUGAGCUGCUGGCUGUGAACAUGGAUACUAAGGUGGAACUGGGGGAGAUAGGCAUCUUGGAUAUUUUUGGUUUUGAAAACUUUGCAGUGAAUCGUUUUGAACAGUUUUGCAUAAACUUGGCCAAUGAGCAGCUGCAGCACUUCUUCAACCAUCACAUUUUCCAGCUGGAGCAGGCUGCCUAUAAGGAAGAAGAUCUGCCUUGGGAGACUAUCACGUUCAACAAUAACGAACCUACUCUGGAUCUUCUUCUGGCUAAGCCACUUGGACUCCUGUCCCUUCUGGAUGAGCAAAGUGCAUUCCCGCAGGCAACUGAUAAAACAUUUGUGGAUAAACUAAACAGCAGCUUCAAGGGGAACUUACACUUCCAGCCAGGCCGAGGCCAUGUUUUGGCCUUCAGCAUCAUUCACUAUGCUGGAAAAGUACAAUACAGUGCUGAGGGCUUUCUAGAGAAGAACAGAGACACCUUGCCAGCCAACGUCCGUGGUCUCUUCAUCAACAGCAUCACCCCCUUGCUCAGUGUCCUAUUCAAAGCCACUAUCUCCAGGACGGGAACACUGAUGCCUCGUGUGAAAGCCAAGGUCAGAGCAGAAGCAGACAACAAGUUCAACAGCACACGAAAACAAUCUGCUGGAGCUCAAUUCCGGCAUUCUCUGAUGGUGCUCAUGGAGAGGAUGUACUCUGCCAACCCGCACUUUGUGCGCUGUAUAAAGCCCAACAGCAAGAAGGAGCCAGGUGUGGUGGACAGCCAGGUGGUUCUGCAGCAGCUCCGGUACAAUGGACUGCUGGAGACAAUCCGUAUCCGAAGAGAUGGUUUCUCCUGGAGACCCUCAUUUGAGGAAUUUGCUGAAAGAUAUGCAAUUCUUCUAGUUAAACCAGAUGUUUCCCUCACAAAAGAAAGCUGCUUGGAGAUACUGCAAAGUACAGAGCUGACAGGCUGGAUAUGUGGAAAGUCACGACUUUUCUUUAAAUAUUGGCAUCAGGAACAGCUGGUAAAGUGUGUGGAGCAACUGGAAAGAGCAGCAGUUGUCAUACAGAAAGCUUUCAGGGGAUUCAGGUGCAGGAAGAGUUACCUAAAACUGGUGGCUGAGCUGAGAGCUAAGGUACAGCUGCUACAGGAAGAGGCAGAGAGAGAAAGAAGCCGGCAGCUGGCACUGGAAGCAAAGGCCCAGAAAAGAAUCUUCUUCCCAGUCCCCAAGCCACGAAAGAGAUGCCCUCAGUCUUGUGCCCACUGUUCUGACAAUCCACCACAGCCACCAGUGCCACGGCCACGCAGCAAACUAACAGAGUCCACUCCGUUUGAUAACUUCUUGGGCCCUUCUGCACAUGGCCCAGUUCUGGGGACAGAGGGACAGACUGGAGAAGAGGCAAAAAUGAGGGAACUCAAGAGAGGAGCAAGUCUCCGCUGGUUCGAAGAGACACAGGCCCAGAAGGUCAUGCAGGAUGAUGGAGCCUUUCCAAACUGGCUGCAUGGGAUGAUCAGCCGGAGGGAAGCUGAAAACCUGCUGAUUGACAAACCUUUGGGUUGCUUCCUUGUUCGGAUCAGCCAGAGCCGACCAGGCUACACCUUGACAUACAGGGGCAAGAACCGCUGCAGACACUACCUGAUUGAGGUGCAGCCCAAUGCACGCUAUGUCAUCCUGGGGGAAGACCGGGCUCAUGCCUCGCUCACCGAGCUGGUUUGGUAUCACCAGGCUGUGGGCAUCCAGCCUUUCAUGGAAAAACUGACUGUUCCCUGUGGCCAGUUUUCUUCCUCUUCCUUGAACACAUCUGUGAGGAAGUGCAAUGGAGCUGUUUGCAUGGAGGAUGUAGAGCCUAAGUGACACGGUCAAAGAGGCUCAGUCCUAUCCUCUUCUGGUGCUGCUGGGCCUUGGCUAUCUAGGUGAACAUAUCCAGACAUACAGCAGCCUUUUUUCUUUCUUUUUGGUGUAUUUUCUGCACUCAGCUGGCCCUGUGCCUUUAGACAGCACUGCUGCAGAGAUUAACUUUCAUCAGCACUCCGCUGGUCUCAGUGGCUGAGGCUGCAGUAUCCAGACCAGCCUUGUCCUGGCAGAGGGGAGACAAUGGGAACAAUCACACCCUGCACAGAUUCCAGUGCCUGACAGUCUGCAUGUCACUACUUCAGUGUACCUGGAGACCCUUCGCCUUGCACUGUUAAUAGCCACAAACUGGAUAUCUGAUAAUUGCCUGUUCUCUGAAAGGCACGUGUACUGACUUCCUACCUCUUAAAGUCCACUGACUCUGAUUUGGUCUUGUGUAUCUUCUGUUCUGGGUAGCAUGGGAAGCUGGGGUUGCGAAGCAGAGAAUGGAACUGGUGUGUCCUUUUUGUUGAGUGCAGGAGCACCUGAAUAGGAGCUCAGACAAGGGGCAAGAAGGUCCUGCUGAGGGAAUUUUCUGCCCUUGUGUCAAUGUGCUGGUAUACUGCUCCCCAAUCCCUAUCCAAAGCCAAGUCAGGAAUAAUUGGUGAAACCCCAUUGUUCAUCCUAAUUGGAAUCAGUACAUGUCUGGGCUGGACAACGUACUACUUUACACUGAAGGUAGAAUCGUAGAAUCAUAGAACAGUAGAAUUAACUAGGUUGGAAAAAAACUUUAAGAUCAACAAGUCCAACCUUUACCCCAGCACUGCCAAGGCCACCACUAAACCAUGUCCUUAAGAGCCUUGUCUACACAGUUUG